AAUGACUUGGUCACCUGCAGGCUACUAGGAUCCACCAUGCCACCUGCGUUUUACAAAGAAGGAGAUUAUGUGAUAGGAGGGAUUUUUGAAAUCCACUAUUACCUGCAUACUGUACAGCACAACUAUACCACUAUGCCCGAACCUCUAAAAUGUACUGGGAGCAUGGACACGCGGGAACUCAGAUUUGCACGCGCUUUGGAAUUUGCCGUAAAGGAAAUUAAUAAUAGAUCGGAUAUCUUGCCCAAUAUCACGCUUGGUUAUGCUAUACACGAUUCAUGUGGAGCUGCGCCGGUGGCUGUAAAAGUUGCUUUCCAGUUCGCCAACGGCCUCACACCUCGUGUUACCAUGAUGCCAUCUUGCUCCAAAACAGCCAACGUUGUAGCGCUUGUAGGCGCGUCUGGAUCAACACCGUCAAUUGGCAUGUCCCGGAUUCUGGGUCGCUUCGGAAUUCCACAGGUUAGCCCCUUCGCCACCUGUGCCUGCCUCAGCGAUAAGACGCAGCAUCCUGCCUUCUUCAGGACCAUACCAAGCGAUCACUACCAGGCCGCAGCUUUGGCACGACUGAUUAAACAUUUCGGAUGGACGUGGAUAGGAGCGGUGCGCAGCGAUUCUGACUACGGUAACAACGGCAUGGCAUCAUUCCUAGCUGCUGCACAAAAAGAGGGAAUCUGUGUAGAAUAUUCGGUGGCGUUCUACAGAUCAAAUUCGCAAGCCAAGUUGGAGAGGGUGGCGGAUGUCAUACGCAGCUCUACCGCACGAGUUAUCGUUGCUUUUCUCGCCCCAGGUGACCUGCGAAUCUUACUGGAGGAGUUGACUCGACGUCCCCCUCCACCUCUGCAGUGGAUUGGCAGCGAGUCCUGGGUCACAGACACUGAAUUGUUAAGAUUUGAAAUAUGUGCUGGAGCCAUCGGCUUCGGUAUUGAGCGUUCAGUUAUCCCUGGUUUGCGGCGCUUCCUUCUUGACCUCAAGGCUGAAGAAGCGUCAAAAUACCCACUUCUCACUGAGAUGUGGGAGGGUGCAUUUGGAUGCUCCCUUAACACUGUUCAAACUAAAACAGGCCAUAGCAGUGCUGUUGUUCCAUGCAAAGGGAAUGAAAAUCUGGCAGCCGUUCAAAUCCCCUACACUGACACCUCACAGCUGCGGAUCACAAACAUGGCUUACAAAGCAGCGUAUGCCAUAGCUCAUGCUAUCCAUGGCCUUGUAUGCAAAGAUAUGCCUGGUUCAAUGUCCAAAUGCAACAAAAGUAAAGUCCUUGAGCCAAUUCAGGUUCUUGAGCAACUCAAGAGGGUCAACUUCAGCGUAAAUGGAUAUCCAGUUUCUUUUGACUCGAACGGGGACCCUGUUGCCACCUAUGAGCUUGUUAACUGGCAGACGAUGCAAGAUGGAAGUGUGCAGUUUAUCACAGUGGGACGCUACGAUGCAUCACAGCCCAAAGGUCAGGAGUUCAGGAUCAGCGAAAGCAUCACAUGGAUGAAAGGACAAAAAAAGGUGCCCGUGUCUGUGUGCAGUGAGAGCUGUCCUCCAGGGACCAGGAAGGCCCAACAGAAAGGAAAGCCCAUAUGCUGCUAUGACUGUAUACCGUGUGGAGAGGGAGAAAUCAGCAACGAGACAGACUCGGUUGACUGUGUGUCAUGUCCUGCAGACCACUGGCCCAAUGCCCACAGAACCGAAUGCCUGCCCAAACCAGUCGAGUUCCUCUCAUGGGAUGAAGUCCUCGGCAUUGUACUUGCAGUUUGUUCGAUUUUAGGAGCUUGUAUCACUGUCGCUGUUGCUACUGUAUUCUACAAACACAGAAUGUCUCCUAUCGUCAGAGCGAACAACUCGGAACUGAGCUUCCUUCUGCUCUUCUCCUUGACUCUCUGCUUCCUCUGUUCUCUUACUUUCAUUGGUCAGCCCUCUGAGUGGUCCUGCAUGUUGCGUCACACAGCGUUUGGGAUCACUUUUGUUCUCUGCAUCUCCUGUGUUCUGGGGAAAACGAUAGUGGUGUUAAUGGCCUUCAGAGCCACUCUUCCAGGCAGUAAUGUCAUGAAGUGGUUUGGGCCUCUGCAACAGAGACUUGCUGUUCUGGCUUUCACUGUUGUACAGAAUGUAAUAUGUAUUUUAUGGCUUGCGCUGUCACCCCCAUUCCCUAUUAUGAACUUUUCACAUUACAAAGAAAGGAUCAUUCUUGAAUGUGACUUGGGUUCAGUGACCGCUUUCUGGGCCGUGUUGGGCUACAUUGGACUCCUUGCUCUGUUGUGUUUCGUACUGGCUUUUCUGGCUCGUAAACUCCCUGAUAACUUCAAUGAGGCCAAAUUUAUCACAUUCAGCAUGCUGAUAUUCUGUGCCGUCUGGAUCACUUUUAUCCCAGCUUACGUCAGCUCUCCUGGAAAAUUUACUGUAGCUGUGGAGAUUUUCGCCAUUUUAGCUUCAAGUUUUGGAUUAAUUAUAUGUAUUUUCUUUCCCAAGUGUUUCAUAAUUGUGUUUAGGCCAGAGCAAAAUACCAAAAAGCAUGUAAUGGGUAAAGUAGAGUUGAAGGCCCUAUGA